AUGCAUCUACCCCAGUCAAACCCUAUGACACCGUAUUGGCUCUCGAGCCCGUCCAAUCUGUCAAAACACCGCACAACUGAGAACCUCCCGCAAGAGGCGGAUGUCGUGGUGAUUGGUUCAGGGUACGUCGGAGCUGCAUGUGCCUACCACAUUCUCGAAAAGGACGACGGCAAGAGACCCUCGGUCCUGAUACUUGAGGCUCGAGACGUGUGCUCGGGAGCUACAGGACGCAAUGGCGGACAUCUCAAACCGGACGUCUAUUUCAAUGCGGCCCUCUACGAAAGGAUGUACGGGCCGCAAGUUGCGCAGGAGCUGACGAGAUUUGAGACGCAGCAAGUCAUGGAUGUCAAGAGAUUGGUCGAGAAAGAGCAGAUUGACUGUGAUUUUCAACUCACGCGUGCCAUCGACGUGUUUGUCGAUCGUCGAGUUGCCGAACCCACGAUCGCGGCGUAUAAGGACAUGAAAGCCAGAGGAUACCGUUUCUCAGAUGACCUCCACUUCAUCGAGGAUCCUGAGAAGGCGGAACAGGUUUCGGGAGUCAAGGGGGCGCUGGCUGCCUUUACUUUUACAGCGGGAUCGGUCUGGCCUUAUAAACUCGUCUGUCAUCUCCUCCGUCGGUGCUUAGGGUGGGGAGCAAAUAUUCAAGCAAAUACUCCCGUUACCGCGAUCUCCGACUCACCCGACAGCGAUGGACGGUGGGUGCUGACCACUCCUCGAGGAGAGAUCAGAGCGCGCAAAGUCAUUCUGGCCACGAAUGCGUAUCUGUCGGCCUUGCUGCCGGACUUUGACGAUAAAAUCACCCCUGCUAGAGGAGUCGCUUGCAGAAUUGCCGUGCCGGAGCACGGAAAGAUGGCUCCUCACCUGAACAACACGUAUAGCAUCAGAUACGGACCCCAGGAGUACGAUUAUCUGAUCAGCAGGACAGACGGUAGCAUAGUCGUUGGAGGUGCCAAACAGGCCGUCCUCCUGAACGACUCGUAUUGGCGCAACAACAUCGAUGAUACGCAGUUGAUACCCGGUGCUGAGCAAUACUUUACUGGCUACAUGCAGCGAAUGUUUCAUGGCUGGGAAGACUCCCAAGCACGUAUCACGGAUAUCUGGACAGGCGUCAUGGGCUACUCCUCCGACCUCAUGCCCUGGGUCGGAGAAAUACCUGGAAAACGCGGCAUCUUUGCGAGCGCAGGCUUCACCGGCCAUGGCAUGCCGCGCAUUCUCGGUUGUUCUGCAGCGGUUGCGUCUCUGGUGAGAGGAGACGUGAACCAUGUGAGUCAGACAGGGUUGCCGGCUCCGUAUUGGAUCACCAAAGACAGAUUGAUGUCCAAAAAGAAUAUUGCUCGUGAGUAUAUGGCGGGCUCUCGACCCUCACUAUAA